AUGCUCAAGGCGCCGCCAUCGAGGAGCACGUUCCUCGGCCUCGCGCUCCCGCAGCGCGACUCCGUGUACAACUACAACGGGUUCAACACCUACGAGGUGAACGGCACCCACAGGUUUCUCGUCACCCGCGAGGAGUUCACUCGGUUCGUGCCGCCAGGAUGGAAGCCGUUCGACGACGCAUAUCCGUUCAAGGCCUACAUGCAGAGACUACACUUAUGGUGGCGGCUGACCCCGCUGGACGAAUGUGAGGCUGGUCCAUCAAUGGCGGCGAGGUUGUUGGAUCGAGCAUUCACUGUCGCGAUGAACCUGGAGAUCACGCGAGAUGGAGUGAAGCACACAGGUGACGCAGCCCUCUCACUUCCUCGGCAGUCAGAAGAGCGAGACGCCAACGGGAACAUCACACAGCAGGCCGAUAUAAGUGGAGCUGGUCACCUGAUGCAGAAGUUGACUGAGGCGUUCGAGAUCCACGAUCAGGACAAGCAGGUCGAGUACCUCGACAAGUUCCUGGACACGAGGCGUGGCAAUCAGACGUUGCAAGAGUUUCUAUUGAGUUUUCGUGAGAGAUAUACCGAGGCGAAUGACAAGGCGGACUUGACGAUCAGCAAUGUCGGACUGACACACAUGCUGUUCAAAUGGUGUGGUUUGCCUGUCAGGCGCAUCGCAGACAUCAAACUUCACAUCAACGGAGAUCUGGAGCAGUUUCAGACAGUGUAUUCAAUGCUAACAAGGAUUGCCAAGCAGGAGAUGGCAUCAGGCAGUGGACACGCACAUCACUACAUGGACGAUGACCAAGUUUCGGACCAUGUCGUGGACUACUACCAGGACUAUGACGACGAAGGAGUAGAGUUGAUAGACUGGACACAUGACGAGGAGAGCGGCCUACACUAUCGCGAGUACUGGACGGAGACUGGUGAGGCGACCUACGGAGCUUACGACGACAACGGCAUCUGGUACGAGGCCAACGACAUCGAGGCGUGGCUUGACGAGCAGGAGCUGGAUCAGGCGUACCAGAUGAACGGUUUCAGGAGACGUUUCCGCUUCGGCGGCUUUCGACGGAAAGGACGUUGGUACAAGAGCAACCACUACGAGGAGCCGACGGACCAGAGCAUGUGGGGCGACAGGAAAGGUGGCAAGAAGUACGGCAAGCACAACACUCAGGACAGCAACAAAGGCGACGACCCGAGGAUUAACCUGGCCGCGUACGACGACCUGCCCUUGCGACAGUCAGCACCAUCGGUCUCAUCACACAGUACUGGUUCCUGGGACUUGCCAACAUCGCCAUCGCCAUAUGCGCCAGAAUCACCAGUGGACGCCUCCGUGUAUCACGAUUGCCCUGAAUACAAGCUGGACCAGGACGACGACGCGGAUGAUUACGAGUAUUCAGGAACGUCCUAUGGCGAGCGGGCUGUAGAUCGUGAUGUGAUGGACGGAGUCUGUGAUGACGAGGAAGCUGAGGAGCACUACGGAUAUCCCUACAGCCGACUCCGCAAAGGCCAGAAGUUGGAGGUGAAGUCUUCUUCGGCCAAGCUGUCAGGCAUCGAUGGAGUUCCGAAUCCAUCACUGGGUUUGGGCAAGUUACCGUUGAACCUGGACGCGCUGCCCAACUCGAGUUUCACGAUGGAUAUGCUCGGUGGCAGCGGCAGUCGAUGCCCUCUUCUGAUGCCUUUGGAGACGAUGAUCAAUAACACCAUGGGCCUUCUCACCGGCAUCCUACCGAAUCGAGACGGAGUCCUCAUCAUCAACACAUUGGACGGUCUCGGGAACAAGGUGAGACCGACCUGCUACAUGAGGGCUCUCUACACGGACUCCGGCCACUACUUAUUUCCGAUCGACGACCCACAGGCUGGCACUGGCCGCGAGCGAGACCGACUCAAGCAGGCGGUGAAGGCUUACAUGGCGAAGGUUUUAGAUGAGGACACACCCAAGAGCACCACGACAGUUUUGGAUACGGUAUUGAUGACAAACACAGACAGGGAUGACAAGCAGAUCGAGGCUCAUCAGUCACUGGACACCGGCAUCUAUGUACCUGACUCGCAUCGAGGCAUGCACAGCGGGAAGGAGACGCUUGCCUUGUCCAAUGCAUUGGACGCCGGCAGCUAUGUACCUGACUCGCAGCAAGGUGGCAUGCCCAGCGGGAAGAAGGAGACGAUUGCCUUGUCCAGGACUGAAGCAACGGAGUUGGAUGCAACCAAGAACGAAGAAGCACAGACCUCAGAGAGUAGAAUGAGAGUGAGAUCGGAGGUCUACAAUGCCAUCAGCACCAGCACUGACACGAUCUACUUGGACAGCAAGGACUACUACAGAAGGUGGCGAACUUUCAAAGCAUCGAGAUGGACUGGUGUCAACAUGUGGCCCAAGAAGAUGGACACCAACAAAGCCAAGCAGCUCGACAUAGGCUAUCGGGCCAUGCCGGAGGAGUUCUACUUCGAGAGUCAAUUACCUGUCGUGACACCCGAGAACCUGGAGAGCUGGAUGGAGCACAUGAGCAUCUACCAUGUGGACGUGCAGGAGCGCAUGUCCGGCAGCAGCAGGUUCUCUCGGCGAGCAUCACUGCAGGGUCUCAUGGUUGGCUUUCCUGUGGACUAUCGAUACGGCUGGGACAUGUCUGACAAGCACCACCAGAGGUUGCUGAGCACCUUUCGCGGCAAGUGCCACAUCGGCACAACCUUGUGGGCACCUACCUGUCAGCCAUGGUCUAUCGCCAGCAGACACAAGGAUCCGGCUGCCCUGGAAAGCGAGAGAAGAUCACAGGCACCAGUUAUCAUCUUCAUGCUGAAUGACAUCAAACAGACAGCGGACACCGAGCAGCAGCAUAUCGUUGAGAAUCCACACAACAGCGAUUUCUGGAGCAAGUCUGACUACACAGGCGUGGUCGACAUGAACAUCAUGAGGAGCUACGCAGCAGACCAGUGCUCAUUCGGCGCGACCAACGAGCUCGGUAAACCAAUUCGGAAACGGACACGACUGGAUUCUACAUUCUCCUUGAGAGCGAGCACACGACAUUGCAGAUGCAAGAUACCUCAUGGACACUUGACUGGCGCAGUCGACGGCAUCAAGCGCACAGCCAAGGCGGCAGUCUAUCCAAAGAAUUUCUGUGAUGCUAUUGUGAAGGACAUCAUCAGGAUCGUGAGACACCAGAUUCACUGGGGGUGCGAGAGGUGCCGGCUCGGCAACAAGACGGACGCAGAUCACACUCGCAAGCCGGGCAACUGCAGGAGGCGGAUCACGAGCAAGCAAAGGGUGGAGGAACCAGAGAUUGCUAUGAAGAAGUGGUACGACGUCAAGCCCAACUUCGAUCUCAGCAAGAUGGUCUCUCGCCUGAAGGAGGCUACCGACAAGAAGGAGAUCUUACGGUUGCUGCUGGGUUUUCACAUCAGGUUCUGGCACGCUCCCGUGCCGGACAUGGUGAUAUUCCUCAAGAGUGCAGAAUGCUGGAACAAGACGCUGGCCGCAGUUAUCACAAUGGUCUGUCUGGCCUGUUCUGUGUGCAGGGACUUGGCCAGACCUCUUACAAAACCACGAGCUGGAAUCACAGUACCACUACGUUUCAACCACAGAGUUCAGCUAGACUUGUUUUUCAUGUGGGACAAGGUGUGGCUUCUGGUCAUAGACGAACUGUCCAGAUACAAAGUGGCGGACAUCGUCGCAGAUCGCACGCCCAAGGAGCUACUGACUACUUUGAUGAGGUCAUGGAUCAGAUAUUUCGGGCCCAUGCAGAUCAUGGUUCUGGACCAGGAAGGCGGCCUCGUCUCAGAACUUUCUUCCAGGACGUGCGAUAAGCUGAACAUCAAGCGACGAUAUGCCGGCACCGACGACCACACGAUGACCGGUCUGGUGGAACGUUGGAUUCAGCUGGUUCGGCUCUGUGCCAUGAAGCUCAAGCGUACCUGCACCACGCAGGGAUUCGAGGUCUCGGACACGGACUUGGUUCAGGAGGCGGCCAUGGUUUCCAACAGUAUGGUCAGCUACGGAGGUCAGACGGCGACGCAAGUGGUCUUAGGCUUCACACCCAAUGACUACUACGACCUUGAGGCCACCACGCUGGACUCCGUGCAGAGCGCCGACGUGAGCUGCCCCGAUCCGUUCGAGGCAGCUGUCAGGCUUCGUCUUCUUGCGAAGGCAGAGAUGGCACGAGCGAUCGUUGAGGACAGAGUUGCACGAGCUAACAGGACACGCGUUCAACAACACGGACCCGAACAGGAGCUGAAGGUCGGAGAGUCCGUCGACAUCUACAGAGUACCAGACCGCAAAGAUCAGCCAGGCUGGCGCGGCCCGGCUGAGCUCGUCAAGAUCUCGGAGGGCACGGCGAUAGUUGUCUGGAACGGAGUACCCUACAUUCUGCCGGUGCGGUACCUCAGGAGGCACCUGGUCGGCUUCCUAACGUAUCAGGCAACCAACAUCUCCGAGCUCAAGACAGGCGACCAGCAGAUGCUCAACACCCUGGGCAGGCUGAUGGACAUCGUGGACGGCAGCAUCUAUGGACAGGUGACACGGCUCGGCAGGACAAUCACUCAGGAUGGUCAGGUCAAGUGCUCACCUGAUGCCAAGACACUGGUAAAUCUUCAGCCCUGGAAGUUGAGCAUGAUGACGUACAGAACGAUAUUUCACCUAAAAAGCUUGGACGGCAUAUUGUACGGCACGUCGCUGCGCAGGGUACCACCACUACAUGCAGUUCGGUUCGGCUUACUUGUCUUGUGGGAACGAAAGUAUCGCACCAACUACAUGACCUACGAGAUCGACCCGAGCAUGGGCGUGACAGUUGGUAGUCUGGUAAGUUUCAAGUGGGAGAAUGCCUCGUUCAUGAUGUACUAUUCGAUACCAUCACAGUCGGACCCUUUCCUGGACGAGCACCACUUGCCAGACAUGAAUGACCUGUCUCGCAUCGAGCCAGUACCCGAAUCGGCGAUCGACGUGAACCGUGACGUUCAUGACAUGAUAAGCUUGCUUCCCGACUUGGACGACUGGAUGGAUCAGGACGCCAUAGCCGACACACAGCCAGCGGAGAAGAGUCAACUGGAUCAGGCUCACGAGCACGAUCUCGCGAAGGAAUUGAGUGACCUCAUUCAGGCAGACAUCGACGAUGAAAACAGCAUGCUCGUACCGCGGAUGGAGACCGCGACAGAGCUGGACCUCACGGGAGAGAUGGAGAACAUCCUGGAUCAGACAGCAGCAGAUGGUCAGGACACUGGCGCUGUACCACUCAUGGACGGAGAACGAGAUCUCUUCGCUCGCCACAACACGAUGAACAGCGUCAUCAAUUGGCAGUCUGGCGAAGCAGAGAUGGUCAACCAGCUGAAAGAGUCCUACAUUGACGACUCCCUCUCGCACAUCCUCGAGAGUCACAGUGAGGCGCAGUCAUACCUCUCCAGCAUCCAGAUGAGCGACUUGCCAUGGAACUCCAAGGAGGCUUUGUGGACUAUUCGAGGACCAUGGCGCCAGGAUACCUGUUUUCUGUUCUGCAUGCGCACUGGUGAGGUGCAGUCCCAUGUCGGCGUGAAAGAGUCUGACAACCUGAGUGAGGAGGAUGUUCUGACCCACUGGCAGUUAGUAGAAGAGGCCGACUCGAAGGAGCUGCAGGCCUUUGUUGAUCACAAGGUUUUCGCAUGCAAGGCGCGGCGCACGAUGGGCAGCAGCAACACCAUCGACGCGACAUGGGUCAGGAAGUUGCUGGAAGGCAAGUUCGGAGCGGUGAAGAGACAGCAGCUGCCAUUCACACACAAUGGGGCACAAUAUAUGAGACUGAAGGACGGCACGAUAUUGCUUCAACAAGUUGAUCACCUGAGCAAGAUACCUUUCUGCCAAGUACCUGAUGGAGCUGAUGACAAAAUGGUGACAGGAGUGUUUGCUCAUGGGUUCCGGAACAUACUUACAUCGAUGCUGUUCCUAUGCCAGUGCAACCUUCACAUCAUGACGGAGGUGACCCAGCUGCAAGGUUUCAGCAACGAGCCCAGGAUCAUGCACCUCAAGAGGGCCAAUGCACUACUCAAGCGAGCUCAAGGAGAUACGACAUUGGUGGGCUUGCACUACCCCAUGCUGAAUCCUCCGUUUUGUCUUCGAGCUGUUGGCGAUGCGAACCACACUACUAAGUCUUCAGUGUACCCUCAGGAGGGACAGCUCGUGUUGCUGAUGGAGGACAAGGAAUUGAAGGUUGACGAGGCUCACUUGCUGUUGGACGCAUCGGCUCUGACUGGCAGGUGUCACGUACUCAUGGCAAUAAGUAGCAAGGCAAAAAAGGUUGCGCACUCGACUUCGAUGGGCGAGACUAAUUGUGGAUUGGCAGUGGUAUCAGGAGCUCAGAUGGUUGCCAUGCGACUCUCGGAGAUGCACCUGGCUCUGAGCUGCACCACGAAGCAGAUGAUAUCCGUUCUCAUCGAGAUGAAUAACACAGGCCAGUACGUAGUUGCGAUUGACCACUUGACGGACUGCAAAGACAUGUUCGAGCUGGUGACGGGCUUGAAAGGAGUACCUCAGGCGAGCGCGGGCCUCGCGACCCCGGCCGGCGGCCCAGCUCGCGCGGCUACCGCGGCCGCGGUCGCGGCGGCCGCGGCCGCGGCGGCCGGCCUGUGA